UCAACAGAUAUUCCAAACAUGUCGUCUACCAUGGCUGCCGCAGCUCCAACAUCAACGUCGUCAUCAUCCGCACCGCCAACAGGAGGGGUGACACGCACCUCGGAUUGUCGUAAAUUUUCACCAAAUAUCUUCAACAAAAGUAAAUGCAGUCAUUGUUUUCGUCAACGUGAAGAGCAUAGCGCUGCCGCAUUGGAAUGCAAUCGGGCCUCCCGCAAAGUAUCAAAAUGUGGAUAUUUAUUUGUAGCACCAGAUUGGGAUUUCAGCAAUCCUCUUUACAGAACAAAGGUAAGUUUGUUAAUAACCAAUUUUCUCCAUUUGAUUCAGACAGUUGUAAAGAUUCGCUCAGUUGUAGCGCCUGUGUUGAUGGCGAUGUUGCCUGUUAUUGAAAAGUCUGGGGGUUCGGAGGCAUUUGGUCAGAAGGAAGAU